AUGGUGGAGGAUCUCCUAAAGGCAGGACACUUGAAGCAGUACGUCCGAAUAGUGCCUAAAGGUGAAGAAUCUCCCCAUAGUCGAGGCCCACGCGCCCCAGCAGCUCCUGUUAGGGCAAUGAUCAACUACAUAUACGGAGGACCCUUAGAUGACGAAUACAGUUCCAAAAGGAAAAAGCAGAGACUACUGCGAGCAACUACGGUUCGGGAACACGUGAGCUCCAUCCGACCAAGAUUAGCCAAUGGGAGCAUCCAUCCCAUAGAUGGGACCAUUGUCUUCCCCGCUCUAGAUCCAUCCCGAGUGCUGCAGCCGCACCGAGAUGCUCUCAUCCUUACAAUAGGGGUGGGAGACUACGACGUAAAAAGAAUCUUGAUUGACCCAGGUAGUUCCACGGACCUGUUGCAAGUGGCGAUCAUCAAACGAAUGGGUUUCGAACCAUCCAGCCUGGAAAAUCCCGGAAGAACCCUGUCCGGAUUCAAUGUUUCUUCUACAACCUCACUUGGGGAUGUAAUACUGUAG